AAAUUCUCUGAUUCCAUUAAUAUAGAGAGACACACAGAGAGAAAAGAACAGAAAGAAAGAAAGAAAGAGAAAGAAUGGCAAAGGCACGUACUAUUGGGGUGGCCAUGGACUACUCUCCAACCAGCAAAGCAGCCCUUCGAUGGGCAAUUGAUAAUCUGGUGGUGCAGGGUGAAGAUCAACUCAUCUUGAUUCAUGUUCGAUCUGCCAAGUCUGAUAAUGACCAGAAGAAGAAGCUUUGGGGAGAGAAUGGAUCACCUUCGAUUCCUCUUGAAGAACUUAAAGUGACGACUGUGUCCAAGCAGUAUGGGCUGAACCCAGAUGCAGAGGUUCUUGAUCUUCUCGAUACUGUCUCGAGGACAAAAGGGGCUAAGGUGAUCUGUAAGGUGUACUGGGGUGAUCCAAGGGAGAGGCUGUGUGAUGCUGUGGAAGAUCUCAAGCUUGAUUCCCUUGUGGUUGGUAGCAGAGGCUUAGGAGCCCUUAAAAGGUCAGUUUUUCUCUUAAAAUAUUGCAUGCAAGUUCCUCAAAUGAACCUUGAGUGUGAAUGA